UGCAGACUUGUAGUUGUAACGUUGGGCCUGUACAAAACAACACUAUGGACCUUCCUAUUAGGACAUAUCCUCUUAUACGAGUAAGAAAUUAGAAAUUACACAGGCGCCAAAUCCCAAAAAAGCUGGGAAAAAAUUAAAAAAAAAAAUCCUGUCCUAAAAUUUGAAGCCCUAAACCCCAAAACUGGGAUGCAAAUUUAGCUCGCAGGAAUUGAAAAUUCAAUUAAAAAAAAUGGGGAGUUUUACUGCAAUAACGCCUGUUUGCUCAUUUCUUCAUGCCAAUGACUUGUCUUCCAGGAUUAAAUGUCUUAAUAUUUCAUAUCAGAAAAGAAGGCAUGAAGGACUGAGAAGAAAGUCUGGUGUUGUUGCAUAUUAUGGGCUUAAAAAGCCUCCUUAUAACCUUGAUGCACUAGAACCAUAUAUGAGCCAAAAAACUCUGGAGUCACAUUGGGGAGAGCAUCAUAAAGGUUACCUGGAUGCAUUGAAUAGACAUUUGAGUAAGAGUGAUAUACUGUAUGGCUAUACUAUGGAUGAACUUGUGAAAGUAACGUACAAUUAUGGAAACCCCUUACCCGAAUUCAAUGAUGCUGCACAGGUCUGGAAUCAUGACUUUUUCUGGGAAUCCAUGCAACCUGGAGGUGGGGAGUCUCCAACACUCGGUCUACUUCAGCAGAUUGAAAAAGAUUUUGGUUCUUUUCCUAACUUUAAAGAGAAAUUUAUAGAAGCAGCUAUGACACUCUUUGGUUCUGGUUGGGUUUGGCUGGUUUUGAAGAAGAAGGAGAAGCAACUUGCAGUGGUUAAGACAUCAAAUGCAGUCACUCCUAUUGUCUGGGAUGAUAUCCCCAUCUUAUGCUUGGAUGUGUGGGAGCAUGCUUACUACUUGGAUUAUAAGAAUGAUAAAGCGAAGUAUGUAAAUGUGUUCAUGGACCACCUUGUAUCAUGGCAUGCUGCAACAGCACGCCUUGCUCGAGCACAGGCCUUUGUGAAUCUUGGAGAACCUAAAAUUCCAGUUGCUUGAAAUGAUAUUGCUUCACAUAAACUCUCCUCCCUCUCUUCCUCUGGUUACUUCUGAAUGCAUGCUUAUUUGUUAGCUUAGCUUGAGUAUGCAUCUCUCUUGCCACUUUAGCGCGUUAGUGUUACCUGUAAGGCUAUAAACACUAAAUCAACCCAAAAUUUCCCAUCUAAGUAGCUUAAGUAUAUUAGAAAGAGUAACUUUAGAGUCUUAGUGUGAGACUAAUAUGAGCAUGAAUGACUAGGUAAAUUGUAGGGUUAUUUUUGUGAUCUAAAUGAUAGUGAAGGGGUUAAUAUUAUUGAAUAAUUGAGUGAUUGUAUGUUAUUGCCCUUAUUGGUAAAUUAAGGUAAACAGUAAAGUAAUGAAUUUCUGUGA